AUGGGUGUCGUCAAAGGAGGAGUCUGGACCAACAUUGAGGAUGAAAUCCUCAAGGCUUCCGUCUCCAAGUACGGCCUGAACCAGUGGGCGCGUGUCUCAUCGCUGCUCGCGCGCAAGACCCCGAAGCAGUGCAAGGCAAGAUGGAAUGAGUGGCUGGACCCGAGUAUCAAAAAGACCGAAUGGAGCAAGGAGGAAGAUGAAAAGCUUCUUCACCUCGCCAAGCUUAUGCCCACCCAGUGGCGCACUAUUGCACCUGCCGUCGGACGAACCGCCAACCAAUGUCUCGAACGAUACCAAAAGCUCCUGGACGAGGCCGAAGCUAGAGAGGCUGGCCAGUUCGGCCUCACUGGAAUCGAAGGUGGCGAGGCUUCGGCACCAAGCGCCGACGACGUAAGAAGAUUACGCCCCGGCGAAGUCGACCCGGAUCCAGAGAGCAAGCCUGCGCGCCCCGACACGAUCGAUCUCGACGAAGAUGAAAAGGAAAUGCUGAGCGAAGCGAGAGCGCGUCUUGCCAAUACACAGGGAAAGAAGGCAAAGAGAAAGGCUAGAGAACGUCAACAAGAGGAGUCGCGCCGUUUGGCCGCCCUCCAGAAGCGGCGUGAGCUCAAGACGGCAGGCAUCAACAUCAAAGUCGUCACGCGCAAGAAGGGCCAAAUGGACUACAAUGCCGACAUACCUUUCGAGAAGAAGGCUGCUCCGGGCUUCUACGACACCGGAGAGGAACAGGUUCGCAACGAGCACCAGCGCCAGGCUUUCGACCCAAGAAAACAACAACUUGCGAGCAAGCGCAAGGGCGAUGGCGACGAUGAUGGCGAGAGCAAGAGAAGAAAGAAGGAGAAGGACGCGCCCUCGGCUUCGUUCCAAGCCGCCGUAAAGGCUGGCCAGAUGCAGAAGAUCCGGGAGGCCGAGCAGAGCAGCAAGCGGAGAGCACUGAACCUUCCGGCUCCUCAGGUGAGCGAGGGCGAAUUGGAAGAAAUUGUCAAGAUGGGCAUGAUGGGUGAGAGGGCGAGCAUGAUGGCGCGCGAAUCCGAAAAUGACGCGACUCGGGGACUGGUCAGCGAGUACUCGACCCUGAACAACAAUGCACCCAUCCGAACACCCCGAGCCCCGGCGCAAGAAGAUCACAUUGCCAAUGAAAUCCGCAACAUUAGAGCCUUGACUAACACUCAGUCCUCGCUGCUGGGCGGAGAGAACACCCCUCUUCACGAAGGAUCCGAAUCCACAGGAUUUGACGGUGUUGCGCCUCGCAAGCAAGUCGUCGCAACACCAAACCCCCUGGCGACUCCAAUGCGUGCCAACGGCGUCGGCCAAACUCCCGCGCGAGCUGGACAGACUCCGAUGAGGACGCCCCGAGACAGUUUUUCAUUGAACGCCGACGGUAGCCAGGCCCUUGUCUCAGCAACACCCCAAGACAUUAAAACGCGAGAGUUGGCGUUGCGCAGCCAGCUGAAGCAAGGCCUGGCGUCUUUGCCCAAGCCCAAGGACAGUGAGUGGGAGCUCGAGCUUCCUGAAGACCAAAGAGAGGCCGCUGCCGGCGAGGACAUGCUUAUUGAAGACGCUGGUGAAAGGGAUCGCCGGGAACAGGAGUUUAGGGCGGCGCAGGAGGCUUUGGAGGCUCGGAGACGGACACAAGUCAUGCAAAGACAAUUGCCUCGACCAGUCAAAGUCGACGUGUCUGCCCUGCUGUCAACUGCAGAGACAAUUCAGGAUACCGCCCAACUUCUUAUUGCUAGAGAAGCUGCCGCCCUGGUCGCCAACGAUGCGAUCAAGUACCCCUUGCCCGGCUCAAAGGUCAGUGGGGUCCCUCCUCGCUUGGACACCAUCGCCGACGAUGAGCUUGCCGAGGCGCGUCUUCAGAUUUUGUCAGAGACAAGGCCGAAGCCCUCUUUUGCUGAGAUUCAGGCGUCCUUUGAGGGCCGUGGCAAGGAUUCUCUGCUCCUCGGUUUGGGAUGUUAUGGUGAUGACGAAGAGGAGGAGGAGGCAGCCAUGAAAGAAGCCUUCGACUCUAUGCAGGACUUAAUCGCCACCACCGCAGAGGAAGGCAUCAAGCUUGAGAAGACCUUGGGCGUGUAUUUGGGUGGAUAUCAGAAGCGACAGAAGAUGUUAAAAGACAAGAUUGGCGAGGCCGCCGAGGCGCUUGAGAAGGCGAACAACGCUCUUAGCGGUUUCAAGACGCUUGCUAUCUCGGAAGAGGUUGCGAUACAACGACGCCUGGGCGCAUUGAGAGACGAAGUCGGAUACGUCAGUAGAAGGGAACGUGAGGCGCAAGAACUGUAUCGCAAGACGAGGGAUGAGCUGGACGCCCUGCGAGCUAACAGCGUCAACGGGCGCGACUGA